ACGCCAGCUGCCCUGGUUAAGCAUAACCACGAAACGACUCCACACGAGCCGUCUUUAUCUUCUGCACGCUGUCCUACGGCCACAGGGCCAGUCCAAUUCCUUCUUUACAUCAUAAGCAUACACAGCAUAAUGUCUGUGUCACCACGCUCGCGCCCAGGCGCAUCCUCAGACCUCGCUGCCUCCGGGCUAACGAUUCCGUCGGACAGCGAGAACUACGAUGCCAACAACGAGUCGUCUGCGUCCUCGGCUCCCCCGUCGUCGAGCAACAGCGCGCCCAUGAUUCUGUACCAGCCACCUACAGUUUGGGGACUUGUGCGCGGCGCAGCGAUCAAUUUGUUACUUCCAUUCAUCAACGGACUGAUGCUCGGGUUUGGCGAGCUGUUUGCUAACGAGCUCGCGUGGAGAUGGGGCUGGGGCGGGACGAAGGUGUUCCCGUCAUGGAGGAGCGGUGUGAGACCUGUGGGCCCCGGAGUAGAGAUGAGGCAAAGUCCCGUGGGCAGGCGAAGACAGUCGGGUGAAGAGAUGGACAUGUAUACGAGCUUGGAAUAGAUGCUGCCUGGUGGCAGCAGGAGGCGAUCGGAAUCCGGUUAAGACCUCCCACUGCCCACGAACCAUUUGGGGGCUCAACACUUUUCAUCAGCGAAUGCACGAUGUACGCGAGAUUGCGACGCUGGUGAACGUGUAUCAUAGAUUGGCCAACCGGCCUCAUUAGACUCGGUUGGGUUUCGAAAAUUUCUCAAGCAUUUACGGCGGUUACACAGCAACGCGGACCAAUAAAAAUACAGUGAUAUUGAUUUAGCAAUUGAUAAACAGGCAUUUUCUUUCA